AUGGGCGACAUGGAUACUUUACUUGAUCCGUGGAACAUCAACCCUAGAGACGUGGUCCGGCAGGAGAACGCCCGACAUAGCGACGACAGAGGACAGGGGAACACGGACAAUACGAACUACGAUUUUGCUUCCGCGAACACAAACGAUCUCAUGUUCCCACCAAACUCGGAUGAAAAUAUCUUUGACAUGAACUAUUAUGAAAUUGACAAGCUGCUGACUGAGGAGUUACAGGAUCUAGAUAUCCCAAUGCUCCCCACGAAUGAAGAAGGUAACUCGGACAUGAAUUGGAUGAGUUCUGGGAACUCUAAUCCUCAACCACAGCAGCAAUGCGGGCCAAGGAAAUCCAUCUCUCAUAAACGUGGGCUGAGUGGUACAGCAAAUUUUGGGUUUGCAAACCAUAACAAGACUCUGAGUAUCUCCAGUUUGCAGAAAAACAUUUUAAAUAUGUCCAGGGACCCAGCUAUUAUGGAUACGGUCAACCAUCAGUCCCAUGUCGAAUCGAAACCAAAGGGGAACAACAGUGAGGUGAAUCAACUGAUUUUGAAACAGCAGGAAGAGUUGAGGUUGGCGUUGGAGAGACAACGGGAGGUUAACAAGAAAUUAGAGGAGCAAUUGAAAAUGAACCAAUUGCAGCAGGAUCAAUUACAACGAGUACUACAAGAGCAAUUGGCCACGCAGCAACUCAUUAGCAACAGCGCAGCAACAUCCCCUACGAAGUCGUUGCGGACUCCCGUUCGGCUCCCUGAAAACGACGCUGAGGCACAUGCUUUAAUUGUGACUAGUAAUUCUGCAGAUGGGAGGUACCAGUUCCCUCCACCAAUGAUCUCACCACCAACUUCGACGAUAUCCGUGAACGGGUCCCCGCGGAAAAGAUCCAGUAACAGGGACAGCUCCAGAAACUUUUUGAGUAUUGUUGAUCCAAAAGACCACCACGGGAUUUCCCCUGCGGACUCGACGUUAAACGCAGUUAAUGGUGACAAAGAAAUCCCCAAUAUAUUUCAGAGGUUGAGUAGUGAGAACAAGAGUGGAAACACCAAUCUGUGUCCCUUUUUACAUGCCAUCAAUUCUCCUGGGAUCGAUUUCUCGCUCAAUACGCCAAAGCAGAACGGUCUAUUUUCCUCAAGAGCACACAACAAGAAGGAAUCGACGCUGUCCACCGUGUCGACGAUACCGCAACAGAGUGAAGCUGGUGACUCUGAAUACACACAUGGAUAUUCCUCUGGGUUGGUGGGUCUCGGGUUACAAAUGGGGAACAAGCCGGACCAUCUGUCAAGGAAUGUAGACGUUCUCCCCACGAUAGCGGCCUCUGCUGAUAACACACCCGUGAAGGGCCAACAGCCUGGGAACCUACAGAGUAGCGUGCCUCGGAAACAUGUGUUCCACCACACACCUGUGAAGCAGCAACCAGAGUUUGUGAUAAACAAUUGCGACACACCCUUACUAAGUCCUCCAUCGGCACUGUCGCACACGCGUGCGGAAGGUCUCUCUCCCAUAAGGACACCAACAUCAUCCCCGCUACGGACCGUGUACGGAGCGGGCGGUGAUCUUGAAGUGAGCUCGCAGAUGCCUGCCCCAGUUGAGCCGCACACUGGUCCUAUCCGGAUCACGCGGAAACCCACGACGCUCCCGCGCGGGUGUAUUGACCAGUACGUGAAGGAACUGCCGGACAGGAUGUUUGCGUGUCUGUAUCCUAACUGUGACAAGACAUUCAAGAGACGGUACAAUGUCCGUUCACAUAUUCAAACACAUUUGCAGGACCGUCCUUACACGUGCGAUUACCCUGGUUGCGAGAAAGCCUUUGUCAGGAACCACGACCUUGUACGACACAAGAAAGGCCACACGGGCAAGACUUUUACAUGCCCGAGUUGCAACAAGCGGUAUGUGGACCAAGACCGACUGGAACGACACCGGAGUAAAGCGACUUGCGGCGGGUCCGUGACGAAACGCACCGCGUCGCCGAACAAAUAUACCACCUCGCCGAGCAAACUAGCGUCUCCGACGAAGGACCACCGUGACCAGGCCCACGAGGACUACGUCGCAAGCCGUCUGGAACGCGAGUUUGCAGGCCGGCCGGACUCCCACAACAGUGAAGACAGCGAGAACCUUAUCACGGAACUCUUUGGGAACUCCAGUAGUGAACACAACAGCAACAACAACGCGUCCAUGAUGCUCACACCCUCACCACCAUCGGGACUCAGCGAUAUGGAAUAA